UUCUUCUCCCCUAUUCCCUCUUCUUGUUCUUGGAGUUGUUGGUGUCCCCGGAGCUACAAAGGCCCCGCCUUUUGGCUCAUUCUCAGACUUUAGUACUUUACCAUCUGCUCCAAGAAAGCGUCUUGGAGAUGGCGCGCACCGAGAAGCUCACCAGCGAUGGCUGCUCCGGCGGCGAAGUCCAAGUGGAGGUGGAGCUCGGCAUGGGGGUGGACGGGAAGGGGAUCAUAGAGUGCCGGAUAUGCCAGGAGGAGGGGGAGGAGGCCGCUAUGGACUCACCUUGCGCUUGCGCUGGCACACUCAAGUUUGCCCACAGGAAAUGCAUACAGAGAUGGUGCAACAAGAAGGGAAAUAUUACAUGCGAAAUCUGCAACCAGGUUUACUCCCCGAAUUAUGUCAUCCCUCCACCGAAAUGUUGUUCAGAUGAAAUGGACAUGAAUCUUAGGCAAAACUGGGUCGGACGAAUCGAUCCCCAUGAUUCCCAUUUCCUAGCCAUCGCCAUCGCAGAGCAGCAGCUUCUGCAAGCUGAAUUUGAUGACUGUGUAUCUGCAAAUUCUAGCGGUGCCACAUGCUGCCGAUCCAUUGCUUUAAUUGUGAUGUUCCUUUUGCUCGUACGCCAUGUAAUUGUCAUUGUGAGGGAUGUUAGCAUGCUACAAGAUGCAACGGUGCUGUUCAGCGCAACUCUUCAGUUUGCGGGAUUCUUUCUUCCUUGUUAUGUAAUAGCUCGUUCUUGCUAUGCUUUGCAGCAUCGGAGACGGAGACAGGUGUAGGGAGGCUCACCUGAACCUUAAGGGCUUGUUUGGGAGCAAGUGAAAUGAAGGGGAUUGAGGGUGCUAGAAUCCCUCACUAUUUAAAAUUGAAUAGUGGGGUAUUCUAGCCCCUUCAAUCCUCUCCAUUACUCUUCCUCCCAAACAAGCCCUAAAGAACACAAAGACGCACCAAUUGAAGCGCCGUCUCGGCGGUACCACCGAAGAUAGGAGGACUACAUGGAAGCUUGCGAAGUGAGCCUCCCCGUUGUUGCUUGGAUUCACCGCAAAGCAUUUGGUUUCUGUCCUGAAGACGUCGGCGGUUUAAUUAGGUUGAUUGAGUAGCGAGAGCAGGCGCUGUGAAGCUCAAGUGUACAUACGUUGAGGGGGACAAGGCCUUUUUUUUUUACAGCUGAGAGGAAGCAAAAUGUAGCCUCACACAUUUCUGCUGCAAAUAAAAGAACAAUCGCCCGUCAGCGCCUCUGAAGUUUAUGCUUGGUUUGGGAUUGCUGGCUUGCACCUCGCAGUUGAAGAGUAGGUAGUAGUAGUACAGGGCGGCUGCUACCUGCUGCUGCUGGACAAGUGCGUACAGAGGGUGGUUUCUGAAUGGGACAGACGUGGAGUCACGGGCUCAGUGCCGCUCUAAUGCUCCGUUAAGUGCCGGAUUGUCUCUUCGUCAGUAAUUAUGACAUUGCAAUCGCCUGUAAUUUUCAGUACACCCAUCAUGAGGAACACGGUGGCAACCCUCGUCACUUCGUCAC